AUGGCGCUGCAACUUUUCCGUGACAGUUCCCUGGGUCAAGGCCUCCGCAUAAUCGCACGGCCUUCCUGGCUACAAUACCCAGAGGAGCAUGAUGGCCAUUCAAAUAUCAUUGAGUGUACAUCUAAAUUUGGGGCUUCAAACGGGGACAUAAAGAUUGUGGACUGGUAUGGGGAAGGUGAUCCCGAGAAUCCUCUCAACUGGUCAUCUACGAAGAAAGCAUGGGUGGUCUUCGUCAUUGGCUACUAUAGCUUUGUUGUAUACAUGGCAGCACCGAUAUACAGUCCUGGAAAGGAUUCCUUCAUGCAAGAGUUCAACGUGAAUCCCGCCGAGUCGUCUCUAGGACUUGCUCUCUAUGUCUUAGGAUACGGCGCCGGUCCGCUCCUCUUCAGUCCCCUGAGUGAGAUCCCUCGCUUUGGUCGGAACCUCCCAUACGUGAUAUCCUUCAUUAUCUUCACGAUUCUAUGUAUCCCUACAGGGUUUUCCCCCUCAGCUAUCGGGUUCUAUUUCCUGCGAUUCCUCCAAGGCUUCUUCGGUAGCCCCUGUCUGGCCACCGGCGGCGCAUCCAUAAGCGACAUCUACGACCCCUACGUACGUCCCUACGCCAUGACAGCAUGGGUGUACUGCAUAUUCUGCGCCCCAGCAAUCGGCAUGUUAGUCUCGGGAUUCGCGAUCCCCGUUCUCGGCUGGCGCUUCUCCAUGUGGGAGAUCUUGAUGGCCGCCGGCCCAGCCCUAAUCCUCAUCCUCCUCCUCCCAGAAACAAGCCCAUCAACAAUCCUCUACCGAAGAGCGCAGCGCCUCCAAGCCACAGAUGGUUCAAAGCAAUACCGCACAGCAACCGAACUCACACAAUUACACAUCUCCUUCCACGACAUCGUCCGAGAAUCCCUCCUAACCCCAAUCAAAAUCACCCUCAUGGACCCGACCAUCCUCUUCGUAAAUAUCUACACCUCCCUCGUUUACGCUAUUUACUACACCUUCUUCGAAGCCUUUCCCCUCGUCUACAUAGAUAUUUACAACUUCAACCUCGGCCAAAUGGGCACAGCCUUCCUCGCCAUCGUCAUCGGCACCACAAUCUCCGUAGUAAUAUACAACAUCUACAACUACCUCAUCUUCAUCCCGCAAGCCAAAUCCAAAUCCAAAUCCAGCACGCAUCGAACCCAAGACCCAGAAGACCUCCUCACCCCAGCCUUAGUCGCCUGCUUCGGCCCCUCAAUCGGCCUCUUCCUCUUUGGGUGGGCUUCUCGUCCUGAAAUUCAUUGGAUUGUCCCGUCCCUGGGCAUUGUCAUAUACCCCGGGUGUGUGUUCGUGCUGAUGCAGUCGGUCUUUUUGUAUAUCCCGGCUUGUUACCCAGAGCAUGCGGCGAGUGUAUUUGCCGCGGCAGAUUUUAUGAGAAGUGCGCUUGCUUGUGGGGCGGUGAUUUUCUCGCGUCCAUUGUUUGGGAAUUUGGGGGUGGGAGGUGGGUGUUCGCUUCUGGCUGGGUUGACUGUUCUUUGUAUUGGGGGAAUCUAUUUGUUGAGGUUUUAUGGAGGGUCCUUGAGGAGGAGGUCUAGGUUUGGACGGGGGGAGGGAGGGAAGUAG